AUUAGCCAAGAGCAGCUGUCUGAGUUAAACAAUCCUUAGAUUACAUGACUUCCAGGUUGCUUAUUCCAAGGCUAAAACUUUAUGAACUGUUUGCAUAGGACUCUCUUUGUUGGAUUUGAGUUGUGUGUGUGUGUGUGUGAAGUGAACUCCUUGGCAGUGACCCCUAUCAUUUCCUGAAACCUGAUUACAGACUGGAGCCUUGGUGCCAUGGUACAGGCUGGGUUAAUGACUUUGUUUAUACUGAUACCAGCGAUCCUGUUAAGGUCCAAGUCUGCUGGCGCCUUCAUUGAGAAAAUGGUCCUCUGAGCCACGUGGAGACCUCACUUCAUUCUAACCAAUCAGCCCAGGGCAGCCCUUGUUUUUCAAUGAACUGCUGCAGCUCAUCAGCGGGAGGUCAAGGCUGCCGAAGUGGGUGGAUUUAUUCACCCAUUCUGGAGCCUUAUAAGCAGAGAUGAUAGCAGCCAAGGAGAGGACAAAAGAAGCCGCAGAGUAACAAGAGCUGCAGCUCUGACGGGGUUGGACGCUUGCAGCAGCAGGCGGGAGGAAAAGCACUUACUUUGAUUGUGCUGAGUGAGUCAGCUUGGCUCUCGCAUGAAUAUGGAGUGUGAGAAGUGUCCUUGUCAUCACGAGAACAGCAGGAAUGCCAUUCUCUACACCCUGUUAAGUGAGAACUUGACUCACCACAAGGGUAGCUGUGGCUCUUCCCAACAGCGUUGCUUGUGCCACAAGCGCCGUGCUGUUUGCCUUCAGACCCCACAAGCUACCUGCCAGGCAGCCUCUGACGUCUUGGUGAAGACCAUCAGCUUCAUGAAGAACCUGCCUUCUUUCCAGCUCCUGCCUUGGGAAGACCAGCUCUUACUGUUGGACAGCUGCUGGGCUCCCCUUUUCCUUCUGGGCUUGGUGCAGGAGACGGUGACCUUCGAGGUUACGGAAACCCCUGUACCCAGCAUGCUGGAGAGGAUCCUUCUUGACGGCCAGUGCAAGAGACAGGAGUUGCAGAGGGUGCAGCCCACCUUGGCCAGCGUGCAGCACCUCCAGCGCUGCUUAAACUCUUUCUGGAGCCUAGACCUGAGUCCUAAAGAAUAUGCCUACCUGAAAGGUGCAAUUCUGUUCAACCCGGACAUUCCAGGUCUCCGGGCUUCCUCGUACAUUGAGAGCCUCCAGCGAGAAGCUCAGCAAGCACUCCGACAGGUCCUAGUGCUUCUCCACUUAGAAGAUCAAGGUCGAUUUGCCCGAGUCCUGCUGAGUUCCUCCUCCUUGAGAUCCAUUCCCCCAACUCUCAUUACAGAUCUUUUUUUCGAACCCAUCAUUGGAAAGACAGACAUUCUUGAGCUUUUAAUAGAAAUGCUGCUGAUGAAAUAGUUUAAGUAACAUCCUCGUGCUGUUGGGUCAGGCAGCCCAUACUUUGCUUGGUAUUCGAUUCCAAGAGAAUGCACAAUCAAUUUUGGAACACACGAUGGACAAAGAAUAACAUCUUAGCAGCCACUCUGCAGACAAAGAAGAUACUGGUGGAUGAAGUCAUAUUUUCUUCCUGAACAAUGCAAGAGUGCAAUAUGCACUCAAGCCCUGUGAAGUAUUGUACUUGCAACAAGGUUUUUGGAGUAGGUAAUUCCUGUGCUAGCAUAGCGGUGUUUGUAGCAAAUGUAUUGGCACCAUAAAACUCUGCCAAGUCCUCGGUGCUCGGUGUCAUCAGUUGUAGUUAUGGAAUAAAAGCCCUGACUGAACCAAUCUUGUUCAAACAUGCCUGCAGCUCCAAAGUGAGGCAUACAGUAUUGAUUUUUUUUUCUACUUCAUUUAUAUUGGCUUCAGUUUCAAAGUUCAAUUCUAUAGAAAUGUCUUGCCUACAGAAAUACUCCUGGGAACUGCCUUUGCCUGGGAAAUAACCCACAGAUUCCCUUCCAAAAUAUAACCCCAAGGAUUUCCUAGUAAAAAAGAGUCAGGAGGCCUUUCAGAAUACAACCAACCUCUCCCAGUUCCUAAAAAAAAAAAAGAUAUGCAUAUAAAUGCAACUCAUUUUUCUAAGCCAUUUUUAAAAUAAGAAUAUUGACCUGCAUAAUCAUAGAUUCCAAUCUUCAAGGGCAAACACUUUGCUUUAAGGUAUCCUGACUUUUGUAUAGAUUCGUGCAUUGAGGAAAGCUAAGGUCAGAAAAUGUCAAUUUCCUUUAUUCAUCAUUUUCCUGCUCGACUGGGGUUUCUUUUCCCUCCAGCUUGCUUCGCAUAGGUUGCCUAAAGCAACUGCUUUUCCAGUUUAUAGUGCUGUUUCUGUGCUGGUUCAUGCCCUCUUUGCACAAAUUUCCAAUGUUUGUAUUUUAUGAGCAGGUGCUUCUUGUGAUUUGUAUGUAGUAAGAAAUUUAAGUUAUUGUUUUUUAAAGAAAAAAUAAAAG